CAUGAAAAUAUGAAAUGAUGUUUCAUCAUUUUGUUAUCCAUUUUUUCGUGCAUGCGUUAUCUUUAUUAAUUUAUAGUGUGAAUUUUGAUGAAUACUUGUGAUUUUGAAACUUGUAGAGUUAUAGUACCAAAGUCUUAAACCAUGAAUGCCAGAAAAACAACUCUGGUUCUUCCCAACUUGAUAUACCUUUUCUUUACUUCUACACUCGUUCAACUCGGCAGAGUGAACUCAGUCCCAUCUCGGCCACUCUUCGCUUGUGACUCGUCAAACCCAUUAACAAAAUCUUAUCUUUUUUGCAAUAACAAAUUACCCAUCAACCAACGAGUCAAGGACCUAGUGAGUCGACUCAGUAUAGACGAGAAGAUAUCCCAACUCACCAACUCAGCUCCAGCGAUUCAGCGACUCGGUAUCCCUGCUUACGAGUGGUGGUCCGAGUCACUUCAUGGGGUGUCAAGGCACGGCCGUGGGUACCGAUUCAAUGGUACGUUUGAUGAAAAUGGCACCAUUUUGAAUGGGACUGCUACAAUUAAGGCAGCUACUAUGUUCCCUCAGAUCAUUCUCACUGCUUCUUCCUUUGAUUCUCAGCUUUGGUAUCGCAUUGCUCAGGCAAUUGCAACAGAAGCAAGGGCGAUGUACAACGUUGGACAAGGCAAAGGCUUGACAUUUUGGGCACCAAACAUAAACAUAUUUAGAGAUCCAAGGUGGGGAAGAGGGCAGGAAACCCCUGGAGAAGACCCAUUGCUGACUUCUAGAUAUGGAGUGUCCUAUGUCAGAGGCAUUCAAGGGUAUACUAUUCAAGGGAAGAAGACUUCACAGCACCUUCAAGCCUCUGCUUGCUGUAAGCACUUCACAGCUCAUGACUUGGAUAACUGGCACGGCAUCACUCGUUAUACUUUCGAUGCUAAGGUGUCUAAGCAAGAUUUGGCAGAUACGUUCCAGCCCCCAUUCCAGAGCUGUGUUGAACAAGGUCAAGCCAGCUCGAUAAUGUGUGCGUAUAAUCGUGUGAAUGGAAUCCCUAGUUGUGCACAUUAUGAUUUCUUAACAGACACAGCUAGAGGGCAGUGGCGUUUUGAUGGGUACAUAGUCUCAGACUGUAAUGCAGUGCCUAUAAUAUAUGAGCAACAGGGUUAUGCCAAAACACCAGAAGAUGCAGUUGCUGCUGUUCUAAGUGCAGGGAUGGAUGUGGAAUGUGGCUCUUACACAACACGAUAUUCCAGAUCAGCACUUGAGCAGAAAAAAAUUACAGAGGAAGAUUUAGACCGAGCCCUUCACAACUUGUUCUCUGUCCGAAUGAGGUUAGGCCUUUUCAAUGGAGAUCCAAGGAAAAUUGGAUCUUUCAGGAAGAUCGGUCCAGAACAAGUUUGCUCUGAAGAGCAUCAAAAUCUUGCUCUUGAAGCUGCCAAAAACAGCAUUGUACUUCUUAAAAAUGUUAACAAUCUCCUUCCGCUGUCAAAAGCGAAAAACAGUUCAUUUGCUGUAAUAGGACCUAAUGCAGAUUCUCCUCAAGUUCUGCUCGGUAACUAUGAAGGUUUUCCGUGCAAAACUACAACAAUUCUUGAAGCCUUACAACUUUAUGUUGAGGGUAUAAAGUAUCAUCCGGGAUGCAAUGCGGUUGAGUGUUCAUCUGCUGAAGUUGAACAAGUUGUGGAAAUAGCUAAAGCGGUAGAUUAUGUUGUUCUUGUGAUGGGUUUGGAUCAAACACAGGAAAGAGAGAAACUGGAUCGUGUUGAUCUCGUUCUUCCUGGUAAACAGCAAAGUCUUAUAAAAAGUGUAGCAGAAGCUGCAAAAAAGCCGGUUGUACUACUGCUUCUUUGUGGUGGUCCAGUUGACAUCUCUCUUGCAAGGGAUGACGAUGAAGUUGGAAGCAUAUUAUGGGCUGGUUAUCCAGGGGAAGCCGGGGGACUUGCCCUAGCAGAAGUCAUUUUUGGUGAUCAUAACCCAGGUGGGAGAUUACCAGUGACAUGGUAUCCAAAAGAUUUUGCUCAAGUACCAAUGACAGAUAUGAGGAUGCGGCCUGACAAGUCUUCAGGCUAUCCAGGGAGGACAUACAGAUUCUACGAAGGCAAGAAGGUUUUUGAAUUUGGUUAUGGUCUAAGCUACUCAACCUAUUCUUAUGAGUUUGCCUCAGUUACUCGAAAUACACUAAGCUUGAAUUUGGAAUCAUAUGCUAACCCGUUUCUCAAGGGCUCAAACAUCACCCAACCACUAUUGAUUUCACAUAUGAGUAAGCAAUUCUGUGAGACAGGGAAGUUAAUAGCAGUUGUUAGAGUGAAAAAUAACGGGAAAACACCAGGCAGGCAUCCGGUGUUACUUUUUGUGAAGACUGGUGUGCAGAUUGAUGGUAGUCCAAUAAAACAGUUGAUCGGGUUUGAGAGCGUGAACUUAAAUGAAGGAGAAUUUAAGGAAAUUGAGUUUCCCGUGAGUCCAUGUGAGCACCUAAGUAAAGCUAACAAGGAUGGGCUGAUGACGAUUGCCAAAGGUGUUUAUUUUCUGGUUGUGGGAGAGGCAGCUUACCAAAUCAACAUCACAGCAUGAGAUGAGUGAAACCACUUAUUGCUAUGAAUUUUCUCAGGCAUACUCCUAUUGUUACUGUAUUCUCUUUUUCAGACUGUAAGACUUACAUAUAGCAGAGCAAUAAGCUUUGUCAAUAGAGCUAUAUCAAGAAGUUUUCAGCUAUGUUGCGGUUUCUGACUCUUAUUGUCA